AUGGUGGGAGGCAUGGUGCGGAUGGUGAACGGGUUGCCCGUGACGGAGACGGCAGGAGGAGGAGUGGAGGCGCGAGUAGAGCAGUUAGCGGCAAAGCUGAGGCAGCAGGAGGAGGCCAUGGCUGCUCUCAAGAAGGAGGUUGACGAAAUGAAACGCGCGAUGGCGAAGGCUGAAGCGGCGAAGGGCGCAGCGGCGAAAGAGGCGUUGGCGACGGAAAGGCAGGGGGAGACGGUGAAGGGAAAGGACGGGGCGGAGAGUGCAGCGGCAGGGAAUGCAGUGAAGGCAGGGGAGGCAGGGAAAGCAGGGGACACCCUUUCCGCGCAUCCUUCCGAGCCGACCAAUCGUAUCCCGUUUCUGGACAGGUAUAUAGAAGAGCACGUGGAUAGAGUAAGGAGUGAGUAUGAUCUGGAGGUGGAGGGGUUGAAGGAGCAGGUGGAGGCGGUGCGGAGGGAGGCGGCAGACGCGGUGGGUGCGCUGAAGGCUGAGAUUGCGCGGAUGAGGGCUGCGGCGGAGCGGCAGGUGGCGGAAGUGGCGUACGUGCGCGCGACGGCGGCGCACACUGAGGCGCGGAUGAACGAUGUGGAGCUGGCGGUGGCGGAGGGGAAGAGCGCUCGGGAGAAGGAACGCGCGGAGCGCAAUCAGGCCGGGGGAAGCGCGGGAGCGGAGGUGCCCGAGGGGAAGAGGCGAAAGCGGGAUGAGGCGGUGAAGGCGGAGGGUGUGGCGCUUGCUGCUGCGGGUGGUUGUGGACUUAUCGCCGAUCGCGACGGUUCCGAUGGAAAGCAAGAUGAGGGGGGGAUGAAGGCUGCCCUGUCGGGACUGAGAGCAGUGGUGGAUGGCCUGCGGUGCAGAGUGGUGAAGCUGGAGAAGAGUAAUGGCAAAGGAGGGCGGGUGUGGGAGAACAAGCCUGUUCCUGUGAUGGUUGAUCAAAUGGGACUGGUCACUGGGCACGCACGAAAAGAUGCAUGUGCACGCGUGGGACACAUAAAGCUCCAAAGCCUAGCUUGUCCUUCUCGUCCCUCUCAUUCCCUCUCGUCCCUCUCAUUCCCUCUCGUCCCUCUCAUUCCCUCUCGUCCCUCUCAUUCCCUCUCGUCCCUCUCAGUCCCUCUCGUCCCUCUCAUUCCCUCUCGUCCCUCUCAUUCCCUCUCGUCCCUCUCAUUCCCUCUCGUCCCUCUCAUUCCCUCUCGUCCCUCUCAUUCCCUCUCGUCCCUCUCAUUCCCUCUCGUCCCUCUCAUUCCCUCUCGUCCCUCUCAUUCCCUCUCGUCCCUCUCAUUCCCUCUCGUCCCUCUCAUUCCCUCUCGUCCCUCUCAUUCCCUCUCGUCCCUCUCAUUCCCUCUCGUCCCUCUCAUUCCCUCUCGUCCCUCUCAUUCCCUCUCGUCCCUCUCAUUCCCUCUCGUCCCUCUCAUUCCCUCUCGUCCCUCUCAUUCCCUCUCGUCCCUCUCAUUCCCUCUCGUCCCUCUCAUUCCCUCUCGUCCCUCUCAUUCCCUCUCGUCCCUCUCAUUCCCUCUCGUCCCUCUCAUUCCCUCUCGUCCCUCUCAUUCCCUCUCGUCCCUCUCAUUCCCUCUCGUCCCUCUCAUUCCCUCUCGUCCCUCUCAUUCCCUCUCGUCCCUCUCAUUCCCUCUCGUCCCUCUCAUUCCCUCUCGUCCCUCUCAUUCCCUCUCGUCCCUCUCAUUCCCUCUCGUCCCUCUCAUUCCCUCUCGUCCCUCUCAUUCCCUCUCGUCCCUCUCAUUCCCUCUCGUCCCUCUCAUUCCCUCUCGUCCCUCUCAUUCCCUCUCGUCCCUCUCAUUCCCUCUCGUCCCUCUCAUUCCCUCUCGUCCCUCUCAUUCCCUCUCGUCCCUCUCAUUCCCUCUCGUCCCUCUCAUUCCCUCUCGUCCCUCUCAUUCCCUCUCGUCCCUCUCAUUCCCUCUCGUCCCUCUCAUUCCCUCUCGUCCCUCUCAUUCCCUCUCGUCCCUCUCAUUCCCUCUCGUCCCUCUCAUUCCAUCUCGUCCCUCUCGUACCCAUGCUUUCGCUGCAGGUGCUGCUCGCGCUCUGGGCCAGAACAGCACCGCAGCAGGAUGA